CAGAAACCUGCAAGGCCGCCAUGAAUGACCCAUAUCAGAACAAUGUCAACCAGCAGUUGACCGAAACGGGCGAGUACACCUACAACCAAGAUGGCGGCGGUAAGGACGGAUACCCCUACCAGACAAACUACCCGCCCCAGGAGGAGGACGCCGCCAGCGAUGCCACAGAGGGUGCGGAUGAGGAUGAGCAGAUGUAUGAGGGCGAGUACCAGGGCGUUCCACACCCGGAUGAGAUCAAGGAGGCCCGGCGGGCAGCGCGCCUCGAGGCUAAACGGAAGGCCCGACUGGCUGCCCAGCAAGAGGAAUACGAUGAGGACAACCUGCCGGAGCAGUACGAGACCAUCAUGGAGGACUGCGGACAUGGUCGCUUCCAGUGGAUGCUCUUCGUGGUGCUGGGCCUGGCGUUGAUGGCCGACGGCGUGGACGGCUUCGUGGUGGGCUUUGUCAUGCCCAGCGCCGAGAAGGACAUGUGCAUAUCCAACUCGGACAAGGGCUUGUUGGGACUGCUGGUGUACGUGGCCAUGAUGGUGGGCGCACUGGUGUGGGGGGGUCUCUGCGACAAGAUGGGGCGCAGGAAGUGCCUGAUCUACGUGCUGUCCAUCGAUCUGCUCUUCUCCUUUCUGUCGUGUUUCGCUCAGAGCUACGGCUUCUUCGUCUUCUUCAGGUUCUGCUCCGGCUUUGGAAUCGGAGGCUCCAUCCCCAUCGUGUAUACGUACUUCACCGAGUUCCUGCAGAUGGACAAACGUGGCGAACAUCUGAGCUGGCUUUGGAUGUUCUGGAUGUUGGGAGGCCUCUACGCUUCCUUCACAGCCUGGGGGAUCAUCCCCCACUACGGUUGGGGCUUUGCCAUCGGCACAGAAUUCCAGAUGCACAGCUGGAGACUCUUUAUCCUGGUGUGUCUCUUUCCCACUCUGGCUGCUCUAGUCGGCGUCUUCUUCAUGCCGGAAAGUCCGCGAUUCCUCCUGGAGAGCGCCCGACACGACGAGGCGUGGAUGGUCCUGCGUCGUGUUCACGACACCAACUGGAAGGCCAAAGGCGAACCUGAGAGAGUCUUCACCGCAACCAACAUCAAAACGCCGCAGACGCAGGAAGACGAAUUCAUUGAAAUCCAGAGCGAUACGGGCACCGCCUUCCAGCGUUGGACUGUCAGACACAUGACCAUGCUGCAGCAGGUGAUGGCUAACGUGAUGUCACUGUCUGCGCCUGAGCUGCGACUGCAAGGCCUCUUCCUGGCCAUCGUUUGGUUCUGUCUGGCCUUCAGCUACCAUGGUCUCGGAGUGUGGUUCCCCGACAUGAUCAAGUACAUGCAGUACGAAGAGUAUGAAUCCAAAGUACGCAUUUUCCACCGGGAACGCGUGGAGCGUUUCCACUUCAACUUUUCCUUGGUCAACCAGGUGCACCGCGAGGGCGAGUACAUCCACGACAAGUUUGCAAACAUUGAGAUCAAGUCGGUCAAAUUUGAAGACUCUUUGUUUGAGAACUGCUACUUUGAGGACAUCAAGUCCACCAACAGCUUCUUUGAGAACUGCACCAUCAAAAACACAGUUUUCUACAACACAGAUCUUUGGCAAGAGAAGUUCAAAGACUGCCGCAUGGAGAACACCACCUUCCUGCACCCCAAGAAAGGCUGCCACCUCAAUUUCCAGGAGGAGAACGACAUAGUCAUUUAUCUAGUUAGCUUCCUGGGCAGCUUGGCGGUGCUGCCAGGCAACAUCAUCUCGGCGCUCUUCAUGGACAAGAUCGGACGAGUCCGUAUAAUAGGUGGUUCCAUGCUUGUGUCAUCUGCCUGCACCUUUCUACUGCUGCUGAGCUUCAGUCAAGGAGCGGUUAUAUGUUGGCAGUGUCUGUUCUAUGGCGCUAGCGUGGCAGCCUGGAAUGGACUGGAGGUCAUUUCUGUGGAACUGUACCCGUCAUCUAAAAGAGGCACAGCGUUUGGCAUCCUCAACGGCAUCUGCAAGUUGGCCGCCAUCAUCGCCAGCUUCAUCUUUGCGGCAUUCGUGGGCAUCACAAAGAUCAUCCCCAUCUUCUUGGCCUUCUCUGCGCUCGUUUGCGGGGGUCUGCUGGCGCUAAAGCUGCCCGAGACCCGGGAGAAGUUCCUGUCUUGA